GUAGAGUAUUCUUAACGAGUGUCGCAGAAAUACUGAAUGUGGCAGCGUCUGAAGAAUUGUUUACCAUAGCAUAUAGUGUCUCAAUAUAUCCAAUAAGACAAUACAUAUGAAUAUGAACAUAGAAUACGCGUUCCUGAUUUUACUCUGUUACUUCCCACUGCAGCAGUUGGGCUCUGCUUUGAAUGGAGGUAGUGAAGAUGUUCGUGCAAGUUACAGUCAUUCUCGAAAACGGAGGAAUCUAGUGUUCCAAGACGGAGCCAUAAUACAAUUCAUCUUUGGUUUUGGCAUACCGGUUACUCUCCUAGAUCUAAGUAUGACGAUGGGCAUAGUUAUGAAAUUCACGUAUCAGCUUCCCACAAAUGCAACGGUCUUCACAAAUCCAUACUCAGUUAUUCAGAAACGGUCGACACAGAUGAAAACAAGAUGGGACAUGUACUCCAAGCUAGAAGCUACUGUUGACAGGAUGGACCUCGACGGAAGGGCUUGUGUGCUGAGGGCGAUCUGCGAGGCAGCAGAUACAACUCUGCGUUACAACGGUCUUGUGGGCGAAAUGUUACACGUCUUGCUUACCCCGUCUACGACAAUGGAAAAGCCGAGGAGUUACUCGGACAGAGAAUACCACGCAGCUGAGCGUCUUGGUACGGAGAUCUCCGAAAGCUGUCACCUCUUGUACCCCGAGUGCAAUAUAGGACUUCUAGACCUUAUUUCUAAAACUGAAUUUCAAGAAAAUGUAAUGUCAACAGGUUGAAACUUCAUGCAGAAUUGUAAGUAGAUGCCAACGUUUCGAAGGAACAUACUGCCUGUUUAUUCAUAGCUGAAAUCUGUCCACACGGCUUUACAACGCUAAAUACCAAUAUCGAUAAAUCAAAUGAUUCUUCAUAUACACAAUGUCAUAUUUUAUAUGUUACAUGAACAUAGCUUUGUCUUCACAUUUUUAAUUGUAUCUGAAAAUAAGGUGUUCAUUUCACUGUAUAACAUUAUAAUAUCUUUA